CGAAAGGAGAAAGAAUCCAAGUGCCCAGGUAUCGAUACGCAGAGAUCCUCUUGGGGUUUAGUUCCAGUUGAAAGGGACGCUGGAACUUUAACUGUGUGUGGUUUACUCGUAACUGGAAGGCACACGGGCCGGUCCCAGGAAAGGAAGGAACGACGGACGGGGCUAAUUUCAUUUGACCGUUUCAUGUUUCACCCUCAUCACGUGUCGAACCAGGAAUGAGACGCUUGGACAGGAUUGACCUCUCUGUCGGAACAAUAAAGGUAAGUUAGUUGGGUGAAAAAGGCACAAUGAGCACAACUGCAUUCCUUUCAAACCAUCGUCUCCAUGUUAUUGUCACCGUUGUUAUGAUGGUCGCCGUUGUUUGUUUUGGCCUUCUAUACCAUUCUAUUUUCUUUUCUCAUCCUUUGUCUUUUCCGUUCCGACAUAUAAUGCAUUGCCAUGGUCGCUGGACGCACGUCUUCUUCCACCGCCAUUACCUGUGUCUGAUUCGAUUGUCUCUGCCGCAAGUGGUACUACCUUAUGUAGCCAUCGAAUCGCUUCACAGAACGUGCAGCAACUUGCAUAUGCUAAAAGGUCCCGCUUCCGCCAACGAGGCACACUGCACCCCUGAAGCCCACUGCGAGGAUACACCGAGUCUUUCACCACCUUCACUUUUUCCUCCUUUGCGCCCCCCCCGUUUUCUUCCUCUUCUUCCUCUCUUUUUUGCUGUCCCAUGAAUUUCUUCUAGAGUGCAUUGUCGCUCAGCCUUUCUUUUCAUUGUAGACUUUCUACGUACUUUGAUAUUCUUAUCCAUUCUUUCACUCUUUUUAUUUAUUUUUGGAUUAUCCGGGCGUCACUCACAUUGUCUAUCUCUAGCC